AUGGCAGAAGUUGGGAAUGACUGCUAUUUCUAUUUUUAUUCCACCUGCAUAAAGGGUUCCAAGUGCCGAUUCCGUCACUGUGAAAAAGCCCUUGGCAGUGAGAUUGUGUGCUCAUUAUGGAGAGAGGGAAGGUGUUCACAUCAGCUUUGCCGAUUUAGACAUAUGGAAAUACAGCAAAAAUACAACAGAAUCUCAUGUUUCUGGGAAACACAGCCUUUAGGCUGUGUGAGGAUCAGUUGUGUCUUCCAUCAUAGCAAACCUCGUAAUAUAAAUGGACUUUUUUUGCCACCUAGUAGCAAUGGCACACUCCAAAAGGAAGUUCAAGAAGGAACUCUGCAUCCUGCCCACACUCAAGAACCCCUAAAAGGUCAAGAAAGCAUUUUAAGACCCAUUCAUCCUCCACUGAUCAUAAACAUCAGCCUAGAGGAGGAAGAGGAAGAGGAAGAAGAGGAGAACUAUGCCUCUUAUUUAUUGACAAAGACUCCGGCAGACAUUGAGGAAGAAAAAGCAAUAAAGGAGAUGUGUUAUAAAUCUGGAGAAUAUUACAGAAUUCAGACUCCUCAGGAGAACCAGUCAGCAAAAAUCAUGUCUUCAACACUGGAUAAUGAGCUAUUGAAACCCAUGGAAACUGGCAGAGACUUACAGGAAGGUGAUGGUGUUACAGUUCCAACAAAGUUUAAUAUUAUAGAAAGACAAGGAGAGGUAACAGCAUCAUUAGAUGGUAACACCAGGACUGAUCUUGGUACCUUUGAAAAUGGAGGAGGUGAUUGUUAUGUACCACAAAGGAGCAUAUUUGUUGGAGGGAAGCAAAGUGAAAUAUUAACUGGAGAAAAAGCAUUAUCUACGUCCAGACGUUCAGAUGUGAAAGCAAUGAGUCACACUGAGCCAGUAAAGAAGCGUCACUUUAAAGGAGUGAAGAAAAAGAAAUGGAUUUCUGAAGAACCAAAAAACUCAUUCAGCAUGUUUGCAGGCAAAGCAAUGCAUGCUUCAAACCCAAAAGGUAAAGCAAAUUGCCAACAAAAUGAUCAAAGCAAGGAUGCUGAAAAUACUUGUUAUGUUCCAUCUCAAAGAGCCACUGGGAGAAGCAUUUCCUUGAAUUCUCCAGAACCUGGAAGAUCAAUAAACACGACCUACAGUAAUGUCAGUGUUACCAAAGAAUCCAAGCUGAAUCCGCCUACAGACAAAUGGACUGCAGCAUCCUAUAAUUCACCAGCGUGGAGAAAAAGAAGCCCACAUACAAAAGCAUACUCUAAAUCUGAAAAAAUCCAUUCAGAUCCAAAAAGAAAUGGAAGCAAGUAA